AAUGCUAAAAACAUGUGGCCGCUAUGAAGUUCCAGCAAGUUAAAGCACAAGUAACUUAUCCAACGACUAGGGCAGUACACAGAGUAGUGAUAAGCGGCGGGGAGAGAGAUCAGAGAUGGAAGAGGAUGAUCAGAAGAAGAAGGGAAGAGUGUGCGUCACAGGUGGAACUGGGUUUGUGGCGUCAUGGCUUAUAAUGAAGCUUCUUCAAGUUGGCUAUUCCGUCAACACUACUAUGAGGCCCCAAUCCCAUUCUUCAGGCAGCAAGAAAGAUAUUAGCUACUUGAAGAACCUGCCAGGUGCACAGGAAAGACUGCAAGUUUUCCCUGCAGAUCUUGAAAAUCCAGAUAGCUUUGAAGCAGCAAUUGAAGGAUGCAUAGGAGUGUUUCAUGUUGCUCAUCCGAUCGACUUCCAAGAAACUGAAGAAAUGAUCACCAAGAAGUCGGUUAAAGGAACUUUAGGCAUUCUGGAGGCAUGCCUUAAAGCAAAGACCGUGAAACGGGUUGUGUAUACGUCUAGUGCAUUUACUGUAAUGUUCAACAACGAUGGUCCAGACACUGUCGUGGACGAGAGCUCAUGGACUGAUGUAGAUUAUGUCAGAAAUGCUAAUUAUUUUGGAGCUUCUUACAGCAUUUCCAAGACACUUACUGAAAGGGCAGCUCUUGAAUUCGCAGAAAAGCAUUCAUUGGAUCUUGUCUCAGUGAUCCCAACUUGGGUUAACGGCCCCUUCAUCUGUCCUAACAUCCCUGGCUCUGUUACCGGAUCACUGGCUAUGAUUCUUGGAAAAGAGAACGAAGUCCAGUACUUCAAUAUUAAUCCUUUUGUGCAUAUAGAUGACGUUGCCAGUGCACACAUAUUUCUUUUUGAGUAUCCAGAAGCCAGAGGGAGGUACAUUUGCUCCGCUGUUGAAAUCACAAUGGAUGAGUUAUAUGAGUUUCUUUCUACCCGGUAUCCAGAGUUAAAGAUAUUUAGCCCACAAUCUUUAGAUGAUAAUACAUUAAAAUUUUCAUCGAAGAAACUGUUGGAUGCUGGUUUCAGGUAUAAAUACGGACUCGAGGAAAUAUUUGAUCAAGCAAUCGAAUGUUGCAAACAGAAGGGCUUUCUUUGAUUAUACUUGUAUCCUACGUCAGGCCCUGUUUAUUUUGUGAUACGAGUUAUUUGGGUGAAAAGAUAAAAACAAAAAAACAAAAACCUGUAUCUAUAUAUCAAUAUGAAUUCUCUUUAAGUUUCUA